AUGUCAUCCAUCUUGCCGUUCACCCCGCCUGUGGUGAAGAGGCUUUUGGGCUGGAAGAAGUCAACGAGUAUACCAGGCGUAGCGGGAAGCGGAGAGCAGAACGGGCAGGAGGAAAAAUGGUGCGAAAAGGCCGUGAAGAGUUUAGUGAAGAAGCUUAAGAAAACGGGCCAGCUCGACGAACUGGAGAAAGCUAUCACCACGCAGAACUGCAACACAAAGUGUGUCACCAUCCCCAGCAAUUGCUCUGAAAUAUGGGGACUGAGUACACCAAAUACGAUAGAACAGUGGGAUACAUCAAGCCUAUACAGCUACCCAGACCAAACCAGAUCCCUGGAUGGCCGCCUUCAGGUGUCCCACAGGAAGGGGCUUCCUCAUGUUAUCUACUGUCGCUUGUGGCGAUGGCCGGACCUUCACAGCCACCACGAGCUGCGUGCCAUUGAGGCCUGUGAGUAUGCCUUCCACCUCAAGAAGGAUGAGGUCUGCAUCAACCCCUACCACUACCAGAGGGUGGAAACCCCAGUGCUGCCUCCUGUUCUCGUGCCAAGACACUCAGAAAUCCUGCCGGAGCUGCCGCCUCUGGACGACUACACUCAUUCCAUACCCGAGAACACAAACUUUCCCGCAGGAAUCGAACCUCCAAACAACUACAUACCAGAAACGCCUCCACCCGGUUACAUCAGUGAAGAUGGGGAAGCCAGCGAUCAACAGAUGAAUCAAAGUAUGGACACAGGUUCUCCAGCAGAGCUCUCCCCCAGCACUUUGUCCCCGGUCAAUCACAGCAUGGACCUGCAGCCGGUGACCUACUCGGAGCCAGCCUUCUGGUGCUCUAUAGCCUACUACGAGUUGAACCAGCGCGUGGGGGAGACGUUCCACGCUUCCCAGCCCUCGCUGACGGUAGACGGAUUCACAGAUCCGUCAAACUCUGAGCGGUUCUGCCUGGGCCUGCUCUCUAAUGUUAACAGGAACGCCACUGUGGAGAUGACCCGGAGGCAUAUAGGAAGAGGAGUUAGACUCUACUACAUUGGUGGGGAGGUGUUUGCUGAGUGCUUGAGUGAUAGUGCUAUCUUUGUCCAGAGUCCAAACUGCAAUCAGAGGUAUGGCUGGCAUCCAGCGACGGUGUGUAAAAUUCCUCCAGGUUGUAACCUAAAAAUCUUCAACAACCAGGAAUUUGCUGCCCUGCUGGCUCAGUCUGUCAACCAGGGCUUCGAGGCCGUCUACCAGCUGACCAGGAUGUGCACCAUCCGCAUGAGCUUCGUCAAAGGCUGGGGGGCCGAGUACAGGCGGCAAACAGUGACGAGCACCCCCUGCUGGAUCGAGCUGCACUUAAACGGCCCCCUGCAGUGGCUGGACAAGGUUCUGACCCAGAUGGGUUCCCCGUCUGCACGCUGCUCCAGUAUGUCCUAA